UUUUGAAUAAGUUUUCUCGUUAUGUCACAAAUGAGAUAAUUUUAUUACUAUGCCCUGAAAAUUGCUGAAUCACACCGGAAACAGUUAUAUUGCCCUCCCGGAAACAGUUAUAUUUCACAGGAAGUAGUUAUAUUGCCCUCCCGAAACUGUAAUAUCACCAUCGCGUGCAAGAAUUCUGCAUAUUAAUUACGUCGGGUUCGAAAUUCAACAAGCCAGUUGCCAAGCAAACGUAAACAGAUCCGCGAAUUUCAAACAUGUCAGGCCAACGUCUGCGGUUUGUUCAUCUAAAUUCAGAGGAACUCGAUAGCUUAAUUGAUGAAAAAAAUUCGGCAAAUACGACAAAAGUGAUAAACUCAAGCGUGAGUGUUUUGAAAACAUUUUGUAAUGAAUCCGGAACGAAUGUAAUGGAAUUGUAUACAACACCCAGGCCAGAGUUGCAAGAAUUCUUGAAGUCAUUUUACGCUGGAUUGAGAAAUUCAGACGGGGAAACGUACGCAAAGAGAAGCAUGAUAUCAAUAAGGUAUGGACUUCAGAAGCAUUUCCUAAAAAAAAAAAAAGCUUGACAUAGUAAACGAUCCCGAUUUCAAAGAGGCAAACAACGUAUUUCUUGCCAUGUGUACGAAAAUAAAAAAGGAAGGCAAAGGCGCUGUCGUGCACAAGGAUCCCAUAAGUAGACCAGAUCUUCAAAAACUGUAUUCUUCAUUCGACUUAAAGGAAGCCGAAGGACUACAAAACAAAGUGUUUGUUGAUUAUAUGCUGUAUUUCUGCAAUAGGGGAAGGGAGAAUCUUAGAGAACUACGGAUUAGCGACUUUUCCACUGGUACGGAUGCUGAAGGUAGACGAUUUGUGUAUAUGGCAAGGGAUCAUGCGACGAAAAACCACAGAAAUGACGAAAACCAGAGUCAAGGUGGGAGAAUGUACGAACUUAAAGACAGUAUUCUUUGUCCUUAUGGAUCGUUUCUGUCCUAUAUCAAUAAGCUGAAUCAAGAUCUUGAUGUGCUUUGGCAGAGACCAAGUAAAGGAAAUGAACUGAAGUAUGAUAAAAUAGCUGUCGGAAAAAAUACGCUUGGGGACAAAAUGAAGAAUCUUUCCAAAAAAGCCGGACUUUCAAAGAUAUAUACGAACCACUGUCUGCGCGCAACGUCUAUCACAGAAUUAGACAGAUCGGGAUUCGAAGCUCGACAUAUCAUGUCCAUAUCUGGCCAUCAGUCUGAAAGUAGUAUCCGAAGUUAUUCAGCUCAUGUUGAUGAUAAGAAAAAGCUAGACAUGGCAAUGUCAAUUUCAAAGGCAAUAACUGGAGAUUCUAUUCAUGCUGAAAACAACGCCGCCACUUUACGCACAGGUAGCAACUCUUCUUCUACCAUGUCACUUCUGCAAGAUGACGAUAUAGCUGAAUCCCACUUUCAAGAUAUGGAUUUUCUUGAAAUCACAGAUUCACAGGAACGAAGGCUUCUGGAAACAUUCGUCACACAUGAAACAAGAACAACAAACCUCAACCUGUAUCAGGAAAAAGAAAACCGCCCUGCAAAGAUUCAGCCAGCCCCCAUUAUGCAUAUCAACAACAGCAGUGUCAAUGUACACUAUCAUUAUUAUUGAUUAAGAAUCACCAAAUCAUCAGCGUAUUAGUUGACGUUGUACAUUGUACAUUGACUAAAUAUGAGCAUGUGCCAUUAAAUACUCUUGUGAAUUAAAUAAAUAUGAUGAAAACCUGAG